AUGGCCGGCAAGCUGUCUCUCUCUAAGAAACAGCCCGGUGUUAUCGUUCUGCACACGCGUAAGGGCGACCAAAUUAGGCUAAUGACCAGCGAUAUGCGUGGCGACGAGAAUCCAGCUUAUAUAAAGCUGUGGGAUAAAGGUUUCCUAGCGGGGGCCUUUAUUAGGUCUAUAGCACCACUAAACUACCCUGACGCUAGAGUGACUAUAGUCUUAAAUUAUAUAACUAGCCUUUAUAACCACUAUAGAACUUUAAAUAACUAG